UUAUCUUUAGAUGAAAUAAGGCAUUUAAUAGCAGAAGAAAAAGAAGAACUUAAGAAAGAUUAUAAGGAAUUAGAAGAAAGAAGAAAAUUAAUUAAACAAUGUAAAAAAUUAAUAGAAGCUAGAGAAAAAGUGAAACAAGGUAUAGAUAUAAAAAAAGAAAUUAAAAAACCUAAACCCCCCGUCGUUUUGACGGCCCCUUCCAAAAAGAAAAAGAUAAAAUCAUUUGACGAGUAUUUUGAGGAAUGUAUAAAAAAUAGAAAGAUUCCCAAAGAUACUCCUUCUUAUUUACGUGAAGCUCUUGAGCGAGCUAUUUUAGAAUAUGACCAAGGACUUGAAAAAGAAAAAUCAGCUUUUGAAGACUUUGCUGUUAAGUAUACUAUUCAAGGAAUUCCUGGUCUUACUCCAAUUCAGUUUUUUGAGCGAAUAAAUAAAACUUUAAAAGAUUUUUGUACAUAUCAUCGAAAUAUAAAAUUUAAGAUGAUUUUGGUUUGUAUCAUGGAAAAACAAACUAUUCAACAAAAUGUUGGUGUUGCAGGAUUAGAAGAAGGUAAAUCUUACUUUACUUCAGGUACGUAUAAUAUUAAAUCAACAGAUGUUGACAAAUUAAUUAAAAUAUGUAUAGAUGGUAUUGAAGGAGGUAUUGAAAAUUAUCAAGAAACUGGAAGUGCAUGGUAUUUUAAAGAAGUGGAAAAACUUGAAAUUCAUACUGUUGAAUAUAAUCCAACAAAAGGGUCAUCUUACAUUCCUCUUCCAGAUUGGAUAUCAAAUAAAAAAGCAAUUGUUAAUAUUCAAAGCAAAGAUGAGAAAUGCUUUCUUUGGUGUAUACUUAGAUAUCUUCAUCCUAAAGAAAGAGAUGAACAAAGACUAACAGGUUUGAAAAAGUAUGAGUUUUCACUUAACACUAAAGGAAUUACUUUUCCUAUGAAAUUAAAAGACAUUACCAAAUUUGAAAAACUUAAUCCAGAACUUCCAGGGAUCAAUGUGUUUUCAGUUAAUGAAAACAAGAACUUUUAUCCUUUGAGAAUGGCAGAGAGAGAUUGUUUAAAUACUAUUGAUUUAUUUUUGUACGAAGAAGAUGGUGUUUCACAUUAUUCACUAAUUAAAAACUUUACUCGUUUGAUUAAAUCACAAAUAACUGCAAGUAAGAAUGGUACAAUAUUUAUUUGUAAGAAGUGUUUUACACAUUUCACUAAGGAUGAAUUAUUACAAAAACAUAUCGUAUAUUGUUCAAAAAAUGAAACAGUUUCUGUAAAAAUGCCUCAACCAAACACAAUGUUACUUUUCAAAAAUUACUACAAACAACUUCCUAUUCCUUUUGUAGUUUAUGCAGAUUUUGAAUGUUUUACCAAACCAAUGAAUACUUGCAGUCCUAAUCCAAAAGAAUCGUAUAAUUACAACUACCAAAAGCAUGAACCAUCAGGAUUUUGUUUUUAUAUAAAAGGAGUGGUUGAUAAAAAAUUUAAACCAAUCAUUUAUACCAAGAAAAAAAGAAGAUGAAGAUAUAUCAAAAGUAUUUGUAGAAAAAACUUACAGAAGUAACUAAAGGUAUUUAUAACGAUUUUUAUCGUAGACCAAAACCUCUUAGACUAACUCAAGAUGAACAAAAAUCAUUUGAUAAAGCUGAAACUUGUCAUAUUUGUAAUAAAAAACUAAUAAAUGACAAAGUUAGAGAUCAUUGUCAUUUUACCGGUCAGUACCGUGGAGCAGCUCAUAACAGUUGUAAUUUGCAGUGUCGAAAACCAAUGAUUCUUCCAGUUAUAUUUCAUAAUCUUCAAGGAUAUGAUGCUCAUUUAUUUAUAAAACAACUUGCUCGUUUACCAGGUGAUUUGAACUGUAUUCCAUCAACAGAGGAAAAAUAAAUUUCCUUUUCUAAAAGUAUUAAGGUUGAUGAGUAUAGGUCUAAUAAAAGUGGAUUAAUGGUUCCAAUAAAUUUUGAAAUACUAUUUAUAGAUUCAUUCAAGUUUCUUCAAACAUCACUUGCCAAUCUUGUUGGAAAUUUACAAACAGAUGAUUUUCAUAAUACAAAACAAGUAUUUAAGAAAAAUGUAAACCUACUAACUCGUAAGGGAGUUUAUCCUUAUGACUAUGUUUCAUCUCUAGAUAAAUUAUCCGAAACACAAUUACCUCCAAAAGAGGAAUUCUAUUCAAAGCUAAAUGAUGAAGAAAUAAGUGAUGAUGAUUACCAACAUGCUAUAAAUGUAUGGAAUACCUUUGAAUGUAAAUCAAUAAGAGAUUAUCAUAAUCUUUACCUAAAGUCUGAUGUCCUACUUCUGUCAGAUGUAUUUGAAAACUUUAGAAAAACUUGUCUCAAACAUUACAAGCUAGAUCCAGCUCAUUAUUACACAUCUCCAGGUUUAGCUUGGGAUGCAUGUCUCAAAGAAACAGGUCAGGAAUUACAGUUACUACAUGAUUAUGAUAUGUUAAUGAUGUUUGAAAAAGGUAUUCGUGGUGGAAUAUCUCACAUAUUAAAAAGAUACGCAGAAGCGAAUAACAAAUACACGAAAGAUUAUAAUCCUGCUGAGGAGUCUAGUUAUAUUCAAUAUCUUGAUGCAAACAAUCUUUACGGUUGGGCAAUGUCUCAACAACUUCCGACACAUGGAUUUAAAUGGAUGAGAAACCUAACAAAAGAGUCCCUAAUGGAAAUUCUAGAGAAAGCAAAUCAUAGUAUGUUUAAUCGUGGAAGAAAAGGAUAUAUAUUUGAAGUUGAUUUGGAAUAUCCUUCCAGCCUAUGGGAAGAUCAUAAUGACUAUCCUCUAGCACCUGAGAAGAUGAUUGUUAAUGGUGUUGAAAAACUAAUUUGUCAUUUUAAACCAAGAAAAAACUAUGUUGUACAUUAUCGAAAUCUUAGACAAUAUCUUGAAAUGGGAAUGAGAAUAACUGCUGUUCAUAGAGGAAUAUCAUUCUAUCAAAGUUCUUGGAUGGAACCAUAUAUAAGAAAAAAUACAGAACUUCGAAAAACAGCAGCCAACAGUUUUGAAAAAGACUUUUUCAAACUAAUGAAUAAUUCAGUAUUUGGGAAAACAAUAGAAAACAUAAGGAAAAGGCAGAAUAUAUUUCUUAUUGAUAAUCGUAAAAAAGCUGCCAAACUAACAAGUCGACCAAACUUUGAUAGAGUAACAAUAUUUGAUAAAAAUCUUAUUGCUGUUCAUAUGAAAAAAACAGAAGUUUAUUUUAACAAACCAGUAUAUGUUGGUCAAGCAAUUCUAGAUUUAUCAAAAACAUUAAUGUUUGAUUUUCAUUAUAACUACAUCAAAAAGAAAGAUAAAGAAAAAGCUGAGUUAUUGUUUACAGAUACGGACUCAUUUUUGUACCAGAUUAAAACAGAUGAUUUUUACAAAGAUAUAUCACAUGACAUACUAACCAAGUUUGACACUUCUGAUUAUCCUCCUGAUCACGAAUCUGGAAUACCAACAGGAGAUAACAAAAAAGUAAUUGGGAUGUUUAAAGAUGAAGUAGCAGGAAAACAAAUAACUUGUUUUGUUGGAUUGCGCCCCAAACUUUACAGUUUUAGAAUUGAAAAAGAUAAAGAAGUACGUAAAUGUAAAGGAAUAAAGAAAAAUAUUAUAAAAAAGAAAUUAGAUUUUGAUGAUUAUGUUCAAUGUUUAUUUUUGGGUAAAAAGCAAAUGAGAAAAAUGAAAAUAAUAAGAAGUGAAAAUCAUGAUAUAUAUUCAAAAGAAGUUAACAAAGUAGCUCUAAGUAAUGAAGAUGAUAAACGCGAAUUGCUCUUGGGAAAAGUAAAAACGAUAGCUCUAAGGUAAUAAGGUAUAAAUAAUAAAUGUCAUAUACAGAAGAUCAAAUAAAGCAAUAUCUAGAAAUAUUGCAUAAGUAUGCUAGUCAACCUGUAGAGGAAGAGGAUAAUAGUAAAAAAGCUAGAUGUUGUAAUUGUCAAAAUAGUGAAUGUUUUACCAUUGAUUCUGGUUAUAAAAUCUGUGAUUACUGUGGAGUAGCAAACGGACAUGUAUUAGGCUUUUACGAUGUUAAAGAUUACGAUAGAUUAUAUUUUCGAAAAAAGAGUAUUUAUCAGAGAAAGUAUCACCAUGAGAAAAAGGUUAAUCAAGUUUCUAAAAGAAUAAACCUAACUGAUGAACAAAAAUAUGAACUUUACAAUAAACUAAUGACAAUAGACAAUAAUGUUAUGGAAAUACUAAACAAGCAAUACUGUAGAAAGAGAAUGAUAAGUAUUUUUUAUUUAAUCAAAAAACUUUUGGAGGAAAUGGGUUGUGAAAAGUACAAACUAGUUUGUCUUGAGAUUAGUCCUCAAACUUUAGAGAAUUAUGAAAAGUGGUGGGAUAGUUAUAAAUCACUCAACAACACCUCUGUGAAAAAAACAGUAAAAAAUUCUAGUUAG